AUGCUUGUAAAGGGAGCUAGUAGUCUGGAAGCACUCCGCGGAAUCUCAGGUUCCACUUGGGGGUUAUCAUUGAUCGCAAUGCGGAAGGUAUACCAGGCAGUCAUUAUUCCACAGAUGCUAUGGGGACUGUCUGCGUGGUACUGCCCAGCUGUAAGAGCGACACCAGGUCUCGACAAGCUCACAAACGAACUCAUAAAAAUCCAAAAAUGUGCGGCAAUCCUGAUUAGCGGUGCCUUCUGGGGAACGGCAGGGGCAGCACUAGAUAUAGAACUAUUUAUUAUCCCAAUUAAACUACGACUGCAGCAAAUCGUCGAAGAGACAGCCAUACGAAUCCUUACCGGCCCGCAAUGGGCCUGCCCACAGAUUGUCAAAGCAACGAAAACCAGGAAAGCAUCGCAAAGGAGUCUCGGUGGAUGGUCCCUGACUGAAGCGAUCGCGUGGAAGAAACCAUUACGCCUACAAUUGAGCGAAAAAUGGGAGGAAAAACGGGUAUUUGUUCUUGCACUAUGGGAAGCCCUAAUCCCUUGCUUUAUUGAGAAUCAGGAAGUAGCAUUGGAAACCUACAAUAGUAUUUACGAAGAUGUUACUUGCGAUGACCACGGUCGUACCAGCAUGAUUUUUACAGACAGAAGCGGGUUUACAGGGUAUAUUGGCGCAUUAACGGCCAGAUAUUACCCGGAGAUAACGUCGCAGAGACGUUACCUUGGAACGGACUCUCAGUCCACAGUGUACGCUGCCGAGCUCAGCGGCAUUGAGAUAGCACUUGCCAAAACCAAGGAGGGUAUAGACUCAAAUCUUAAUAACAGACAACCGACGGCUCGAGAAGUGAUCAUUUUCUCCGACAGCCAAGCUGCCAUUCAGGCAGUUCAAAACCCAUAG